AUGUUGCGCCAAGUUUUGCGGACGCCCGCGGCCCGACGCGGUCCGUCUCUGCGCGCCUUCAGUGCGCCUCCCACGAAGCCGUUCGACGCGCCAAAGCAGCCGCCGCGACCAAAUGAGACGCUGCUGAGUGCUUCGAGACCCGUCGCGUCUGCUGGCGACCCGCGUGCGAGCGGCUCGUCGCUGUCGAAAAAGGUGCUCCUCGUGGGCCUUUUGUCUGCGCCAGUGGCUGUGGCGGUGUACAUUUCGAAGCAUCCGGAGUGGAACCCGCCGGCGCUGCGGGACAACGAGCGUUGGAUCAAGUUCCGCGAGCAGGUGCUGGGGCCGGAGGGGGCAGCAGCGCCUGUGAUGGAGAAGAGGCGCUUGGCGGAGGACCUGAGUGCUGUGAUUACGAAGGGCCAGCGAGACGUGGAGCAGGAGAAGAGGGCGAGGGAGGAGAAGAAGGAAGCGGGGAAGAAGAAGAAGGAGGAGGAGGCGACAACGAGGAAGGAGAAAGAGGUGGCGGUGGUGAAGGAGAAGAAGGAAGCAGAGAAAGGAGAGAAGAAGGUACAGAAGGUACAGAAAGAGAAGAAGGAGAAGGAGGGGGACAAGAAAGACAAGAAGGACAAGAAGGACAAGAAAGAGAAGAAGGAAAAGAAGGAGAAGGAGGGGGACAAGAAAGACAAGAAGGACAAGAAGGACAAGAAGGACAAGAAAGAGAAGAAAGAGAAGAAAGAGAAGAAGGAAAAGAAGGAGAAGGAGGAGGGAAAGGAGGGGAAGAAGGAGGAGAAAGAGAUGGAAAAGACAGAGAAAAAGCUUGAGAAGGCUCAGCAUAAGGCAGAGAAAGCGAUGAUGAAGGUUGAGAAGCUCAAGGAGAAGGUAGGGGCCAAGAAGACUGUCGCUGGGGGCGUGGAGAAUGGAAAGCACAAGGAGGGAGGAGAUGCCGAGACAGUGGGCGCUACCGUGGCCGCUGCCGCUACGGCUAUUGAGAACAAGGUCGAUUUGGCCACGGCCAAGGCUCGCGACGAGAUUGCUAAGCUGACCAAGCAAGCCAGUCCUGAGCACCUUACUCACCAGAUAGAUAAGCAGAUCCAGGCUACCACGAACGACCUGCUCAGCUCACUGAAAGCCGAGUCGGAUGCGGCCGCCGCCGAGAUCAACAAGCAGUAUCUGGCUGGGAUUGACGAACUCGGCGCUGAUGCGCUGGCUAUCCGCGUCGCGCAGCUAGCGACGGAGAUGAAGCACCGCUCGAAGUGGGAGGCUGUGCGUCUGUUGGAGUCGCUUCGCCGCAUGGAGGAGGAUGCCCAAAAGAAAAGCGCGGAAGUGCUAAGCCGCCAGGACGAGCUGCACAAGGAGCUACUUGCCCGUGAGUUGCGCCUGCAGCAAGAGCUGCUGUCUCGCCAGUCGCGAGAGGAGAUGUCUGCCCUCAAGAAGCAGUAUGCCGAUGACCUGGCGCGCAACGUAAACCAGCAGCGCGCGAGCUUACUGUCGGAACUGCAACGCACCUUUGCACGCGAGAGCAAGGCGAUCGAGGAGCGUUACGCUCAGCAACUCGAGAACGCGACGGAGAAGAUGCAGAAGACGCUGGCGGAGGAGCGUGAGAAACGGGUGCACGAGCUCCAAAACUACCGAGCCGAGUUGCGUGCCCUUGGUACGGUACUGGACAGCUCGUCAACGUACGAGGCUUUUAGUCACCGUGUGCACAAGGCAUCCAUGGCCGCACUGGCACUCUCAGACCGCGUCGAGGCUGCAGCCCCGCUGCGUAGCGAGAUUCGCGCGCUGCGCAAGGCGGCGAGAAGCGACCCGUUCAUUGAGGCGGUCGUUCAGUCGCUGCCGCAGGACGUGAUCGAGCACGGUGCGCCUUCUGUAGGCCAGCUUCAGGAACGCUUCAAGGUGGUCAAGUCCGCUGGGCACCGUACUGCAUUGGUGCCGGAGCAUGGCGGGAUCGUCAGUCAGGUGUUCGGCACAGCUUUGUCCCUGCUAAUGAUUCCGCCUGGAGGCCCGAUCGAAGGCGCCGACACUGAUGCAGUGCUAUCUCGCGCUGAGUUUGCUCUGAGGGCAGGCGACAUUGAGGAGGCCGUCGGGGAGAUGAAGGGGCUGUCUGGCCUGCCUGCGCAAGUCUCGCAGGACUGGAUUGCUGCUGCCGAGUCUCGAUUGGCAGUCGAGCAGACGGCAAAGGUGAUCAAGGCACACGUGGCACUGCUAGCGGCAAGCUGCUCGUAA